UGAUCCAUACCUUCAAGCGAGGAACCUAGGUUCCUAGGAACCAGAAAGCGUAACUUUCCAAAUCCUUAUGAACCUAGGUUCUUCACUGACUGACACGCCUUCACAUCAAAUUCCUCAUACCUCACCAAUUGGUAGAUUCCGGGAAUUCCGCUCGUGUCCUGCUUAUUUGUAGCCAUUUGUUUUUGUCAGGCUAGUUCCUCAUUGCGAGGAGUAAGCAUUUCUGUGUAGCUGGUCCCAAUGUUGUUACUCUCUCAUCCUCCGUCGGCUGUAAUAAGUGAAUGCCAGCUCAGCAAGUCGUCAGGAUCCGUUAUGCUCCGUCAUCCGUCCGUUUCCGUUCAAAUGCGACUUUCUCACAUCGGUCCGAGCAGCAUUCUGACUAAAACUGACAAAACCGAUGCGAGAAUCCCGGCGAGGCUGAACAUUGGCUGCUCAUUAGAGUCACCCAUCCGCGAGAAACACCCGCAUUCGGUCCCUGAUUCUCGAGCAAGCAUUCCAGACUGUAACGGACCGAGUCGCUCGUCCGUCACCGUCAGCGACCAGAAUCCGUCAACGUCGAGAGUUUCCAACGCAAACGCAGAGCGUGUUUCUGAAGGCGACGGAUCGCAGGCCAUCGGAUCAGGAAAAGAGGAUUCCUCCUUAAAGCCAGAAAUUUCCGCGACCGAACCUCUCAGGAGCACGAGCACCAGUAUCAACAGGUCUUCUAGAAGCCUCCAAAGGCGGAUACAGGCGAGAUUGAUCCGUCAGGCGAGAAAGAAUCGAUCCCGAUUACCAGCAGCGGUUACAUCGUCAGAUGCGGAUGGGUUGGUUGUCGACGGGUACAGCAUUGGGAAGGAGGGGGUUGUGGAGCGGCUCUUCUGGCUGUGGGGGAGAUGGCUCUACCAGAGCUGGUUCGCUCAGGAGACACGUGGCACGGAGAAUCUGCCACUGGAUCGUGGCAUCUUUUUCAUGGCUUGCAAUCACUCGAGCCACUUGGAUUGUGGAGCCACGUUUGUUGGAGCAUGGACAGGCGGCGCCAAGAGAGUGUAUGCCCUGGGAGCUCGGGACUACUUCUUCUCCAACCCUCUUCUGGCGUGGUUCGUCACCACGUGCAUGCACGUCAUCCCUAUCAACCGCUGCAAGUUCUCCCAGCAAGAGCUCGACACCCUACUGCAAGUGAAGGCCACCAGUGGCCCCCAUCGGCCCACAGCAGUGCUCAUCUUCCCUGAAGGGACUCGGUCCGUCACGGGUUCUCUUCAGCCGUUCAAGUCGGGAGUAGGGCUCCUGGCAGAGCAGCUCGACAUUCCUGUGGUGCCCGUGUGUGUCAAGGGCACAUUCGAGGCCCUCCCAAAGGGGCGCACCAUCCCACUUCGCCGAAAGAUCACUGUGGAGUUUGGGAGGCACCUGGACAUUCAGGAGUAUAUUCAGGAGGCACAAACCGCUGCUUCUGGUGCUUCUGCUGCUUCUGGUGUUUCUGGUGCUUCUGGUGCAGAGGCCGCAGCUUCUAGUGCAACUGCCAUAUCUCCAGAGUGUCAGGAGGAGACACAGCGAGCCAUGAGGCGAGCCACACACAGGCGAUUCGCCGAGGACCUUCGAGGCAGCGUGGCAAAUAUGAUGGGGCGGGAUAAGGGCACUGUAGCAGACAUGGUGGGACGGGACAAGGGCACUGUAGCAGACAUGGUGGGACGGGACAAGGGCAGUGCAGAGGACAGAACAGCGCAGGAAACCGCUUCACGGUCUGAAAUCAAAGGAAGACUAGGUGGCAGCCUGCAGGGAACAAUCGAAGCCGAUGCUCAGGGCCAGUCUACAACAGGAGGGGCGAGUCAUUGGCCUCCUCUUAUCGCAGGCAUGGUUGCUGCUGCCUCUCUACCCGCUGUCUUUGGCGGGGUUUCCCCUGAGGGCCUCUCUCGGGCGAGCUAUGCUGCGGCUGCGUCGUUAUUGGACUAUGUGCCGCAACCAGGGGACGAGGCAGUGGCUGCUGUUGCUGCUGCUCUCUGCUGUGCCUUGCUGGUCACUGGGCUGGGGCCUGCUGCCCGCUGGGCGCAACCUUAUCUGUGCUUCCCCUCAGAUGAUAACAAGUGAUGGAAGUUUUCGGGCAGUUUUCUCUCGAGCAGGCUCAAGCUAUGCUGCAAAUGCCUCGUUGGAGUCUGGGACCCAGGCGGGGGAUGAGGCAGUCGUUGCUGCUGCUGUUCUCUGCUGUGCCCUGCUGGUCACUGGGGUGAAGCCUGUUGUCAGCUGGGCGCAGCCUUAUCUGUUCUUUCCCAAGGAUGAUGACCAAUGAUGGAACGCAAGUGAUCUCUCAAGCGAGCUGUGCUGCAGCUGCAUCAUUAUUGGACCAAAUGCCACAGCCAGGGGACGGGGCAGUGACUUCUGCCACUGCUGCUGCUCAGGCCUCAGGAUAUCAGGGUAAAAUACCCUUACGGCCUUUAUAAUAAGGCUGGGAUGGGUGUUGGACCCUUCUUUUUAGAAGUGGUUUAGUUUUUUACCCUUAUGAAAAAACUAGAUCUAUAUGGGACCCUGUUUUUUCAGAUUUGUCGAGUGUAGGGACCCUGAUGCGGAAAAGUCCACCCUCACAC